GAGGGCUUGCGUACUGGUGGUGAUGAAUGCUGGUAAUGAAGAAUAAGUGGGCGUGGCAGGCAGGAACUGACGGGUGGUGGUGGGUGGUGUUGGCGGGCGUGUCAGAGCAGGUGGUGGUGUAUGGUGCUGGUACUGGUGGUGGUGCGGUACGAUACUCUGGACGCGUGGUGGUGGUGGUGAUGAAGGAGCACGUGGGCGCGUCAAUACACACAUAACGCGUGCAGCCGUUGCCACGCACACGCACAUACAUACACACACACACUCGAUACGCCACCACGGGCAGAAGUGUGUGUGUGUGUGACCCGCCCCGUGUUGCUACUGCCCCGACCCGACCCGACCCGAGUUGCCCCGCCGAUAGUAAACAAACGUUGGCUUUUGUGUUAUGUUUAAAGGGAAAGCAAAACACAUAAGAGACAAACGUUACAGAGAGACAGAAAAACGUGUGAAGUGACAGAUUAACGUUACAAAGAGACAGAAAGACAGAAAAAAACGUUACGAGAGGAAACACCUACUAGACAAACGUUGCAGAGAGACAGAAAAACGUGUGAAGAGACAGACAAACGUUGAACAAGUGAGACACAGAAAACAACGUUACUGGAAGAGAGAAAGACAAGGAAAAGGAGAGAGAAGAGAGGAAGACAGACAAAGUUUAUCGUGUGAAGAGACAGAGAAACAGACAGACUAGACAGAAAACGACGGUGACAAAAAGGAAAAGGAAAAAAAGACGAAGGAGAAAAGACAGACAGAAACUUUAACAUGUGAAGACAAACAUACAUCAAGAAAGAAAGAGACAGAUAUAUAGACAGAAAAAUAACGUUAAGGAGACAGACACAGACAGAGAAACGUUAUUUUGUGAUGUGAAGCAAACAAAUGAGAUAAAAAGACAGGCAGGCAGAGAGAUAGACGUUUUGUGAAGAGACGCAUAGGAAAGAUUACAGAGGAAAGCGACAAAGUGACAAAUCCAAAACAAACGUUACUGUGAGAUGCAGAACGUUGGCGUGAGAUAGAGACAGAGAGCUAGAGAAACGUUCCUAAAGAGCCUCUCGUCAACACACCCCAGCGUCCACGUCAGCAAAUUCAAACCUCUCUAAUCAGCACUUUUCAUCAGCCUCGUCAGCAAACGCUAAACACUCAGCACACAGCAAACAGGACUACAACCUCAGCAACCUCCGUCAGCAAGUUAAACCACUGAAUCAGCACUUUUAUCAACCUCAUCAGCAGAAACCGAGAGCAGCAGAACCAAAAGUCAGCACCAAACAGCACACGGUAAUCACUACCACGACCUCCUCUGCCUCCGUCAGCACCAGCAUCAGCACCAGCGUCAGCACAAACCAGAGACGAUGAUUCUAUACGGAACUAACGCCCCCACCCUCACCCCCUCACCCUCCUCCUCCUCCUCCUCUUCCUCCUCCUCCUCCUCGCCCCCCUCCUCCUCCCCGCUGACACAGACGACCCUCUCCCCCCACGCCUUCCACGACGCUGCCCUCAGCACGCCCAUCGCUGACCUGCUGCUCCCGACCUCCCUGCACCCGCUUCUUCUGUCCACCAUCCCCAAGUGCGCGGGGUGCUCCGAGGCCAUUCUGGAUCGGUUUAUCCUGAAGGUGCUGGAGCGAACGUGGCACUCCCGCUGUCUCAAGUGUGCCGAUUGUGGCGCGCAGCUCACCGACAAGUGCUUCGCCAGGAACCAACAAGUCUACUGCAAGGAGGACUUCUUCAGCAGACGGUACGGCACCAAGUGUUCGGGCUGCGAGCAAGGGAUCCCUCCGACACAAGUGGUCCGGCGCGCCCAGGACAACGUUUACCACCUCCACUGUUUCGCCUGCAUCAUCUGCCAGCGCCAACUCAACACCGGGGACGAGUUUUACCUAAUGGAAGACAACAAGCUGGUCUGUAAGAGCGACUACGAGCAGGCGAAGCAAAGAGGUAUGUCCAUCAAGGAGGACGACCUCAGCGGCAAGCGGCCGCGCACCACCAUCAGCGCCCGCCAGCUAGAGAUGCUGAAGGCGGCGUACAGCAAGUGCGCCAAGCCGCCCCGCCACGUCCGCGAGCAGCUGGCCGCCGAUACCGGCCUGGACAUGAGGGUCGUGCAAGUCUGGUUUCAGAACAGGCGCGCCAAGGAGAAGAGGCUCAAAAAGGACGCGGGUCGGACUCGCUGGGGCCAGUACUUCCGCAGCAUGAAGGCCGGCGGGCGGGGCGACAAGCGGCGAGGCGGCGACGACGACAAGAGUGACGCCGACAUGGACCUAGACUCCCAUGACGACAUGAUGCUGGACAUGUCUGAGGGCUACAGGACCCCCGGCCCCCCCCUGGACCUGGAGCCCGGACAGACCGCCAUGAGCCCCCACCUCGGACCGCCCCACCCCGGACCCCCCCACCACCCCUUCCUACACGGUGCCGGCACGCCCCCGUACAUGGCAGGGGGCGGCCACUCCCCCUCCGGUCCCGUGCCGCCUCACCACCUCGCCGCCGCCUUCCCCUACUCCGAGCCCCUGCCGCCCUACCAGACACCCAUGGCCACAGCGGCGGCGGCAGCAGCAGCAGCCUCGGCGGCGGCAGCAGCAGCAGCAGCGAGCGGGGGCGUGGGCGUGCUGACAGGGGGCCCGGCCAGUGACCUCAGCUCCAACGGCUCCAACCCAAGCUACCCCGAGUUCCCGCCCUCCCCCGACUCCUGGCUGGGCGACAUGCAGCAGGACCACCACCCGCAGUACUAGCCGCCCACCGCCCGCCGCCCGCCGCCCGCUCUCCUGGCACGUACAGCAGGACCCCCACCAUGGCAGCCCCGCCCACCGCCCACGAUGCCCUGACUGCCCGCCCUCUUGACUCCUGGGUUGACGGAGUAACAUGAACCAAAAACAUACCCCGCCCACCGCCAUGAAUUCUGGGUAAACAACGGUCUGCCAAGAUGACCACUAUCAGUGGUGCCCAUGCCCCGCCCCACCGCCCUAAAUCAUGGGUAAGAAACGGGGAAACAUGGACCAGUCUGCAGAAGUUACCAUGCCCCGCCCACCGCCCUAACUUAUGGGUAUAAACAACAGGGCACCAACGAUCCUUAAUAUCAAUAUUUGCCAUGCCCCACCCAACGCCCACUGCCCACUCUGACUCCCGGCCCAGAGAGAAUGAAAGAGGUAUUUGGCUAUAUAGAUUUUAAGGUGAACUCUGAAUGCUGACAAUAAGACUCAACACUAAAUAUUUAUAGCAACUGAUAGCCAGGGAUCUUUAGCAAGGCGCUGGUACUCUAUAAUACAUCUUUCCCGCAUGGACAGAAAACAAAAGAGAGGCAUUUGGCUAUAUAGAUUGUAAGUUGAACUCUAAAUGCUGGCAAAAAGACUCGACAGUAGAUAUAUAUAUAUAACAACAGAUAGCCAGGGCUCUUCAGCAAGGAGUUGGUACUCUAUAUUAUAUCAUGGAGACAAGGAAAGAGAGGCAUUUGGCUAUAUAGAUUGUAAGGUGAACUCUGACUACUGGCAAAAUGUGUUACUGUACCUUAUGAGAAGCGGGGAGGUGACAGUCAUCCAUGUGCCCACUGUGAAGCCUAUCCGAGGAGACAGUCUGUUAUCCAGUUAGUUCAGUUCAGUGGGUAUAAUAUUUCAGUAAGACCUGCAAUGGUGGAAGAUAUUAGUUCGGGUGAAGUAAUAAGAAUGAGGGUUUUACACACUCACACACACACACACACACACACACACACACACACACACACACACACACACACACACACACACACACACACAUACCACCCUCAGUCAAUCGUCCAGCCAGCCAGUCAUUUAGUUAGUCAAUCAGUCAGCCAAUCAGUCAGUCGGCCAUUCAAUCAAUCAGUUCGGUGUGGCAAUGAAAUCCAUCCAGUCAAUCAGUUAGUCAAGCUCAGUCAAGGAAACUUUCAGUCAGUCCAGUGGCGGUGAUAACCAUUCAGUCGGUCAGUCAGUCAGCCAGUCAGUCCCUCAGAGCCAGUCAGACCGGUGUGGCGGUGAGAAACUAAGUCAGUCAGUCAGUCAGCCAGUCAGUAAGUCCCUCAGAGCCAGUCAGACCGGUGUGGCGGUGAGAAAGUAAGUCAGUCAGUCAGUCAGUGAGCCAGUCAGUCCGGGCGGCAGGGACUCCAGGGUGACUUAUUAUAAACGCGAGAAUCAAAGUCCUGCAAUUUUAGGGGUAACGUGUGUACAUAGAUUAUAAUAACAUAGAGCGGCACCUCCGUACGUGUGUGUGUGUGUGUGUGUGUGUGUGUGUGUGUGUGUGUGUGAUGAGGUGCCACGCGUCACUUUUCAAUGGACAAGUUCCCUCCCGGUCCGGUCAGGUCAGGUCAGGUCACAUGGAAAUAUUGAUGUCUCCACUAUGAGCAUUACCAAGCCUCUGAAGGUCACAAAAACGAAGAUAAGGAAAGGAAGAUAAAGAAAGGGAAGAAAAAGGGACUUGUUCUGUAGGAGAGAUUUUAUAUAUUAACUUUAACUUCGUGUGUAUGUGUGUAUGUGUGCAUGUGUGCGUGUGUCUGUCCGUCUGUGUCUGUCCCAAAGGAGAACAAACAAACUUAUUCCAAUGUAUAUAAAUGUAUAAAUAUGUAGGGAUUGACUUGCCUCCCUCCCUCUGUCUGUCUGUCUGUCUGUCUGCAAGAGUAUAUACCACAUAAAGCAUUUCUGCCACACUUAACGACCUUAGAUUUGUAUAAAGGUAGGGAAAGAAAGUGCAAUGUGUGUGUGUGUGUGUGUGUGUGUGUGUGUGUGUGUGUGUGUGUGUGUGUGUGUGUGUGUGUGAGAGAUCACCUCCAUCACGAUGUUCUAUUGUUUUGUAGUAAGCCAAAGACUCGUUUAAUUUUAAGUGAACAAAGAACUUCCCAACGUAUGAUAAUUGCUAUGUUCUUAAUGUCAGUCAGUCAAUCAUUGCUUUCAUCACCUCACUGCGUAGCCAACUAAGCUUACCAUCAUGUAUUCAUUUUAGUUAUCAGUCGGCUAUUUUGGGUACCUCGUCAUCCCAUCCCAUACACAACACUUUCUCAAGGUAUUUAUAAACUUUCUCAACUGGGCUUUUUGUAAGAGUAUAUGUAAUGUGUUUCGCAGUUCCUCAAAUGUGAUUAAUAUCUUCAGUACAAUCGCUUUCUCAUUCGCUUACUAGAUUAAUUAUUACUAUUAUUAUUAUUAUUAUUAUUAUUAUUAUUAUUAUUAUUAUUAUUAUUAUUAUUAUUAUUAUUAUUAUUAUUAUUAUUAUCAUUAUUAAUAUUAUGUGUUAGUUUGUACCUGCAUUAGUUUCUAGACCAUGUGUGUGUGUGUGUGUGUGUGUGUGUGUGUGUGUGUGUGUGUGUGUCAUGUCUGUUGCUAAUGGUCCGUCUGUCAGUCGUUCAAAACAUUAUUAGCACCAGACAUGAAGGAUGGAAUCAGGCGUCUCAUCGUGACGAACCGGGCAAGCAAUCAGUGUGGCAUGAUGAUGACGAUGAUGACGAUGAUGGUGAUGAUGUUCUGUGUGUCACUUAUGGCUAAGUCUCACAUGUGACUAUCACUGGGAACUGUGUGUGCGUGUGUGCGUGCGUGUGUCAGUGGUGUAUAGGUCUGUGUGUCACUCCCUGUCGUGAAGGGUUGGCCUCGCUGCCUUGCACGUCCCCCCCCCCCCUGCCUCCCUCCCUGCCGGCAGCCUCCCCGGCCAGCCAGACACACCCUGCCUCGUGGACAGCUGAGUGUCGUAAUUUAAACAAGAAGGAAGAGCCUUUCCCUUGUUAUAAAUGCACCGCAAUGCUCAGUGCCGUCAAGUACAACGGGGAGUAAGAGCAGCGAGCGUACUAACCUUAAUUAAGGCUAAGGCAAACGUAACGUAGGUUGUUGUUGUACGUACGGUGUCACUAAGUUAAGGCGGCGUCACGACUGACAAACCUCCACGAGCAGUGAGCCCACCUGCUGCUGCUGCUGCUCGCCGCACACCUGGCUCGCGAGUUUUCGCUCGCGAAUUAGGACUCCCGUCUGUGCGGGGAGCUGCUGCCCGGCGAGCAACGACCAACCACCGAAUCAACAUUUUAGCCCAAUGUAAAAUGUUACAUGUAUACUGUAUUCAUAUACAGAUAACAUAGUAAAGAAUGACUACA